AGGAAGUGCUAUCCUUUGUAAACAACUUUUGGAUCUGCUGCUAUCGACAGCAAACAUGCUUUUUAUUACUUUUGUUUUUAUUACGUUACUUUUUAUUACCCCGUUAAAUGAUGAAAUCUGACUUUUAGCACAGAAGUGUGACUACAGUGUGGAUUAGACCAAAGAGAAAACAGGAUUCAGAGCCAGAUCAACAGCAGUGUUAUAGGAUUGAGGCACACUUCAGGCACACCACUGAAAAACCAGCAAGUGUUUUGGAGGCGGAGCAACAUUUCAAAACUCUGCUGCUUCACAGGAAACAGAACUCAAGAGAGAGAGAGAGAGAGAGAGGAGCGGGUGUGGAGUGUCUGCUCAAACCAGAAUCAAACCAUCAACUAUAAACAUCUAUAAGCAACAAACAGCAGGAUGGCGAGUGUGAGCUGUGUGCUGUCUCAGGACCAGUUCCUCUGCUCCAUCUGUCUGGAGGUCUUCAGUGGUCCAGUGACCACUCCCUGUGGUCACAGCUUCUGCUGCACCUGCAUCAACAAACACUGGGACACCUCUGAGCUCUACUUCUGCCCCGUCUGUAAAGAGGAGUUCAGCAGCAGACCAGUGUUAAAGACCAACACUUUCAUGUUAGACAUGUUGUCUGAGUUUAAAAACAAACCAAGAGGUGAAGAGCUGACGGCAGCAGAGUCAGGAGUGCUGUGUGACAUGUGUCCUGAUCCAAAGCUGCAGGCGCUGAAGUCCUGCCUCAUGUGUCAGACGUCCUACUGCCCCCUCCACCUGCAGCCCCACCUCACAGUGCCCCGCCUACAGAAGCACCAGCUCAUCGCCGCGGCGACCGACCUGGAGGAGCGGGUCUGUGCUGAACACGCCCGACCUCUGGAGCUGUUCUGCAGAGACCACUCUGAGCUCAUCUGUGUCCUCUGCAGUUACACAGAGCACAGAGACCACAACACAGUCCUCCUGAAGGAGCAGUGUGAGGAGCAGCAGAAACAUCUGCAGCAGGAGAUACAGGAGAGAAGAGACAAAGUCCAGGAAAUACUGAAGUCUGUGCAGCUCAGUCAGAAGAACGCAGACAGAGAAAUGGAAGAGGGAGUGAAGUUCUUCAAUGAUCUGAUGGAGUGUGUUCAACAAAGUCUGGAUCAGUUUAAACUGAACAUCGAAGAGAAACAUGAGGAAAUAAAGACAGAGGCAGAUGAGUUAAUAUUGGGUUUGGUGUCUGAAAUCUCUGAGCUGGAGCAGAGACAAGCUGAGAUAGAGGAGCCUUUGAAAUCUGCUGACCAUUUUGAUUUUGUUCAAUUUUUCACUUCAGCCAAACCUGCUCCAGAGCUGCAGGACUGGACAGAGAAGUUUGUGAGGGUUCCAUUGUACAAGGGCAGAGUCACCAUCGCUGUAUCUAAGUUAAAAAACAGGCUAAAUACAGAGAUAAAUACACAUUUUGAGACUCACCUGAAAGAGGCAAAGCAACAUGCAGUCGAGGUGACUCUAGAUCCAGAUACAGCUCAUCCAAACUUACAACUGUCUCACGAUUAUAAACAGGUUCUAUGCAUGAAGCAAAAAAAUGAUCUUCCAGACACCUCUGAAAGAUUUUCAAAAAUGUUUAAUGUUUUGGGUAAACAAAAGUUUGCUUCAGGCAGGUUUUAUUUUGAAGUUCAGGUCAAAGAAAAGACUAAGUGGCACUUAGGAAUGACAGAGGAGACAGCAGAUAGGAAAUUGAGAUCUGAGAACUUAACUCCUGACAAUGGAUACUGGAAAAUCCAUGGAGGAUGUAAAGAUCCUCUGUGGUCUGCUGUGGAGAAGGUCGGGGUGUUUGUGGACUAUGACGAGGGCCUGGUCGCUUAUUUUGAUGCAGAAACUUCAACUCUGAUUCACUCCAUCACUGACUGUCGUUUCACUGGGAACAUCCUUCCAUUGCUCUGUCCUGGCAGCAACUCUCUUCCUCUGAUACUUACUCCUGUCAAACGUUAGUUUUUUUUACCUCCGCCAAGGAGGUUAUGUUUUUGCCGGCGUUUGUCUGUUUGUUUGUUUGUUAGCAACAUAACUCAAAAAGUUAUGGACCGAUUUUGAUGAAAUUUUCAGGAUUUGUUGGAAAUGUGAAAAGGAAGAACUGAUUUCAUUUUGGGGGUGAUCCGGAAGAAAUCCUGGAUUCUGGAUCACUUUGAAAUUUUAGUUAACAUUGUGGUAAAUGGGGCCAAAAAUUUUGUUUCUCAAUAUCUCGGUUAAUUAUUGACCAAACCCCAUGAAAUUUGACUCAGGGAUGGACAAUGGGAUCCUCUUUCAUAUUCCAAAUUGAAAGAUACGAGACAAAUAUUUAUGGAAAACACAAUUAAUAUGAGGGGGACUGUAGUCCUUGGCGGAGGUCUGCGCUCUCUGAGUGCUUUUCUAGUUUCUUUUUAAAGUAAAAAAAAAAACAAAAAUACUCUUUUUUUAUUUUUAUGCCAUGUAUUAAAGGUGCAUUAUGUAACUUUUUUUUCUCCAUGGAAUGUUAUUGCUUUGUCUGGAAUGUUUCACAGUAUGGCAUUAAACCUUUCUAUCUCCAAGGAGACCAAACCAGACCAAGUUUUUCUAGAUAAUUUUGAGUUAUAAAACCACCUAUAAUUUAAUAACUAUUAAGUAGAUCUGUUUAAUGUCACACUGUGGAACAUUCCAGGCAGACCAAUGACAUCUCCACAGAAACAAACAGGUGAAGGACCCCCAACCAAAAAGUUACAUAGUGCACCUUUCAAAAUAGAAAUGAUUGUAUUUUCUCUGAUGUAAAAGUGAUUUAGUUUUGGUUAAUGUAGUAGUUAGUAUGUGUGGAUAUUUAAAAUGGAAAAUUCAGAUUAAAAAGCCAAAUUCUGUUAUGUCUGUUAUGAUCAGUUUCUUGAUCAAAAUGUUCCCCAGUUGUAAUGAAAAAAUAAAGAGCAAUAAAUCAAACAAUGUUUUAAUUUAGUUUUG